AUGAAGAUUGUCAAGGAGGAUGCUGGUGUGAAUGCUGAGUGGCUUUGGCAGAAUGAUGAUAAUGAAAGAAGCGUAGAUGCUUUUGAUCGUCCAGAGAAGACGUAUUUGAUCUUCGGAAUAUUCGUACUUGACAGAUUAAGCAAUGAUGUAGGCUCCAAAUUAAGCGAUCUUUCAUUGAAAUUGGAGCAGCUGCUAAAGCCCUGGAAUGCAUCGUUUCCCUGGACGGAAUAUAAUGGGGUUUCUCAGAGGUUGAUGAGGCUCGAUGAUGGGAUGCAGUAUAUCUUUGGUCACGUAUGCGUCGAAGAUAAUGUUCAAGAUGAAGAGAUCUUGAUCGUCAACUUAUUACAUAAACUAUCUAAAGAUUGUGGACCGGAAGUCUUCAUUCGAGUAUGUGAUACAGACGGUGACUUCUUAUUGAUAGAAUGCAAUGAAGCUCUCCCGGAAGAAUACCAAUACCCUGUGGCUAACAAUAGAUUAUGGUUACAUGAGGGCCGAUUCAAGAUGAUUCCAACUUAUUUUUAUGCUGGUAGAGGACUAACUUACGAGGAAGCUCUAGAGUUUUUAUCGAAAGCAUACUAUAAAUGCAUAGAAAUAAACUCAUUAUCAGAAAAGGUAACUUCAUCGAUGCUAACCAAUUUCCCAAACAAUAUUUUCUCCAAUUUAGGUGUGUUAAGGCUUGAAAUUGAAGAUGUGCGAUCAUUUGAGUUAUUGAAACGAAAUCCAAAAAUUGUCAGCCCUCUUCUAAAACAGUUAAUGUCAGAGGACAGUAUUGAAAUAUCAUUUGAGAAAAUCGGAAAUGAACUUCAUAACUUGGAUGUUAUGGUGCCUCAGAGUCAUGCCAAUAUUUUGGUUCUAUAUCUAGAAAAUCACAACUUCAAGAAAGAUUCAUCUGUAAUGCCUGUUUACGCUGGACGUAUAAUUUCUCGACUAUUGAAUGAGUGCAUUAGUAGAGACUUUAUUUCUGUGGAUCAAGAUGCAAAAGACGAUGGGCAAAAGGUCUGUACUGAUAUUUUUGAGGCGUAUCCUCUUCAGACGGUAGACCUCCUGCGCUCGAUUCCAAUGGAGAAAGAUGUGGAUCCCAAUGAAGAGUUGAUAGAGAAAUUGGGUAAGUUUUUCAGUAGUGCACAAGAUUCUUCAAUUAUCCGUGAUGAAUUUAAAGAACAAGGUGGAGAAAGCGAUAGGGACAGUGAUGCUGAUAAUAGUGACAGCGCAGAAAAAGAGUUCUUCAAAGAAAACAAUGUAGAUAUAUCUGAAGAUGACUUUUUUGAGUUCUUCUUGAAAGAAGCACUCAAAAUGAAGGAUAGUGAUAUUGAUUUGAUGAGAAGCUCCCGACCAAAAAAAGAUGUUCCAAUACGAGAACCAUCACAAGUGACAAAAGAGAACGGUGUAUCUGAAGAGGUACAUGAAAUUCCGAGGGUCUCUCGUGAAAAUGAUUCACUUAGCGAGUUGUUUGAAUCUUUCAAUAUGGACGGUGAUUCAGGCAACUUAUUUCAUACAAUGCUGAGAGAAUUAUCAAAAGAAAAAUGA